ACUCGAGCGACCAGCGAGACGCCGGCAGGCUGUGCAGACCAUGGUUCGGGCGCUUGAGCGAUCGUCUCUCCCGGACCCCGAAGUCCUCCCUCCACCGACUCUCCCUGCCUGUGAUCCUCGCGCCAGCUCUCGUCGUACUCUCUCUCGUCCAUCGCGACCAUGGUGCCUUGUUGAAUCAUUCCCAAGUCAACACGGUCCCCGCCGCUGUCGCGUCCAUCACCGCUCCGCUGUGUGCUCGAAACGGGUGUGUCGUCAACUCCGAGCUCGAACGCGCUCGUCGCAUGCUCCUGCACGCGCAGGGCAGACCUCGCAGAGGGAGGUGAAUGUCCGGGGUACGCGUAGUCGGUGGAGGAGAUCCCAUAGCACGUCCGCCGUCCCGCCAUCUCGCACCAGGGUAUCUUGCCGGACGUCUGACGCGUGCGUUCCCUCCGCCUGCAUGCUUGGUGCGCCUCGUGGAGUUGAUGUCGAGUCUUCGGCUUGCGAGGAAAGUGGACGGCUUGUCGUUAUGCAUCCCCCGCCUCACCACCCGCCAUCCUCUUCUCGCCACGGCCUAGCUCGCCGUCGGAAUCCCGGCCUUGCGCGAUGCCCGUCGUCGCUAGAUCCUUGCAUACAAACCCCGCCCGCCGUCCGCACUUGGUCGACUAGGUACGGCACAUCCGUUCCUCCUCGAUCUCCUCGCGUCGGUACCAGUACCUCGCUGAACGGGCUCCUGUGUCGGCGACCGACCGCUGCAAGACACGCGUCGCUCCCAGCGAUUCCACCGUUCCCGUUUGCUCCUCCGGCCGCGGGUAAUCGUCUUUGACCGUGGAGACUCGUCUGGGCGCCGCCAGCAGAUUCCUGAUCUCUUCCUCUAUCUCCGCACCGUGGUGGUGCGCCUUGUACUCACGGCGGUCGACCGUGUACGUCUCGGUCGCGGUCUGCACCU